AUGUUAAAGAAGCUGAAAAAAGUUGAAGAUGACGAAGAUUACGAACGUCAAGAUGUUCAACAGAAAACUUUUACAAAGUGGAUCAAUCAUCAUUUGAAUAAAGCGGGUCAUGAGCCGAUUACAAAUUUAUUUGAAGAUUUACGCGAUGGCCACAAAUUGUUGGCACUUCUGGAGACGCUCACGUAUCAGAAACAUAAGCCAGAGCGUGGUCGAAUGCGUGUUCAUCACAUCAGUAACAUAAAUAAAGCUUUGAGCGCACUUCAGGAUUCUGGUAUUCGAAUGGUGAACAUUUCAAGUGACGACAUCAACAAUGGAAAUCCCAAACUAACUCUCGGUCUAAUUUGGCUCAUUGCUCUUAGUUUUGAUGGUCAAAAAUUAGUCUCAUCACCGGCAAUUAGUGGAAUUGAAAGAUCGUUAAAAGCGUGGGUGUGUCAAUUCACUGAACGUCACGGACUCAAAGUCAAUGACUUUACAUCAUCGUGGACCGAUGGUCUUGCUUUUCUUUACAUUCUUUAUGAAACCAUUCCUAUUAAAUUCGACUUGUCAGCAGCAAUGAAGCUUCAUCCAAUAGCUAGACUUAAGAUGGCUUUUGAAAUUGCUUCUGAGCAGUUGGAUGUUGAACCUUUACUUGAUCCUGAUGACGUUCAUUGUACGAGACCUGAUAAAAAGUCAAUUCUCAUGUACAUCAUGUUUCUAUACAAAGAAAUUCAUCUUUCAAAGCAUCUCGAUAAAGAAAAUCACUUAAAUGAUGACGAGAUGGAUGAGAUUCAAUUGUUAAGUGAAGUAAGAGCGACAGCAAGUGAUAGCGAUGGUGAAACGGAGAAUAAGAAAGCGAAACUUCAUAACAAUUCUCAUGACUCACUUGAAAAAUCGAUUGAAGAUUUGGGUCGUCUUGUGAAUGAACCAAGGAAUAGUUUCAUAAGUUCUGAAGCGAAUAUUGUGCAAGGACUUGAACAUCAUGCAGGAUAUCAACCAGCAAAUGACGAGAUGAUGGAUGUUCAAAUUAAAAGUAUUCAAAGACCUUUGUCAACAGCAACAAACUGUUCAGUUGAAAUUGGAGAUUAUCAAACAGCAAUUGAAGAUGUUCUUGAAAAGUUGUUGAAAGCUGAAGACGCUAUUGUGACCGUUUCACCAGAUGCCGAAAAUUUAACAGCGUCUCGAGCACAAUUCCAGAAUCAUGAAGAUUUUAUGUUAAAAUUAGCUGAGUAUCAAGUUUCGGUUGGAUCUGCGCUUGAAGAAGGCACGAAAUUACUCACAGAAUCUUCAGGCUUAUCUACAGAAGAACAAAAUGAAAUUAAACAUCAACUUUACUUGCUUAAUGAACGUUGGGAGGCACUUCGAAUCAAAGCACUUGAUAAACAAACAAAAGUUCACAAGCAACUCGCAAUAAUGCAACUCGAGAAAGUUGAUGAAUUGAAAAAUUUUCUCACGACAACUGAAGAUCGAUUAUCACGAAUGUCAGUUAUUGGCCCGGGUCCUGAUGAGCUUCGUACACAAAUGGAAGAUCAUAAGAAACUUCAAAACGAUUUAGAAGCUCAACAAUCGCUUGUUGCUUCACUUAGCAAUCUUGUAAUCAUUGAGGAUUCAGAAUAUUUCCGUGAUUUGGAAGACAAACUUGUGGCACUUGAAGAACGUUGGUCACAUGUCGUCAAAUGGUCAGCUAAACGAUGGGAGAGUCUUCAAGAUUUAAGUUUCAAAUGGACAAAGCUAGCUGAACAACAUCGCAUCAUAAAUCAAUGGCUGAAUUCACGUGAAAUGAAAUUAAAGUCAAUGGAAGCGAAAGAAGUUGUUGAAAUUGGUGAAGCAAUGGAUCGAAUAAAGUUAUUGCAGUUUUGUAAAAAUGAUCUUAAGACACUCCAAACGAAUGUUGAAGUCAUGGAAACAAAUGUUCAACAAUUAAGUGAUGAAUCAUUGUCAACACUUAAUAUUGCUGAUAAAAUUGAAGCAAUAAAUGAUCGAAUUGAUGCUUUGACAUUGAUACUUGAAGUUCAAGAAAGUCGAAUUGAAGCGAUGGGAUUCUCAGUUGAAAAACCAGAACCACGAAGAAUUUCAACACCCGAUGGAUGGGAUAAUUUUGAGAAGAAAAUCGCUGAAAUUGAAGGCAGGAAAAUGACUGAAAAUGUCGUUGAAAAUGUUACAACAAUUGAAACGACAGAGAAGAUCGUCGAAAGCGAGAAAGUUCAAUUUCUGAAUGAAAGUAUUAUGGACAUGGUUUAUUUUGUCGAUGAAAUGGAGACAACAAUCAAUGAUUUACAUCAAUUAGAUUUGAAGAACCAACUGAUGGUACUUGAAAAGCUUCAAGAUAAGUUAAAGACGCAAGUCAACGAUUAUGAGAAAGCGAAAGUUCUUCUUGAUGAUUGUAAAAAAGAAGUGAAUGGAUUGGGUGUUGAAGAUCAACAUAUUCAAGAGUUGGGAUCGAAGUAUGACUCAAUAGGUUUUAGAAUCGAAGACAUGAUUGAAAGUGCAAAGAUUGAUUUCAAGAAGGAAAAGUUUCAUAAAACAUUAACAAUUAUAAAAUUAUCAUUGGCGGAUUCAAGAGAUUGGUACAAGCAACAUGCAAAUAAUGCUUCGAAAGAUGAACUCGAUAAACAAUUAAAAGAAAUGGAAUCACUUGAUGAUGGAAUCAAAGAAAUUAAAGAUGUUUGUGAUGAAGAGAAUGGAAGUGAGUGGGUGGAAUGGAAACGUGACUUCCAGCAAUUUAAAGAGAGUUGGAAUGACUUGAAAAAUGCAAUUAAACGAUUGAUCGAUGAGAAAAGUGAAGAUGAUGCUGAAAGUAUUAAAGAGUUUGACAUGCAAACUGAAGAGAUUCUUGCCCGUGUCAAUGAAAUGGAAGAGUGGCUUGUUGAUCUUGAGAAGAACACACCAACUACUACCAACGAUAAAUUAGAAAAUCUUAACGAUCUCUUCCAAGUCAAAUCAAAGUUUCAAGUACUUAAAGAGUCAUGCGAACAAAUGACAGUAAAGUUCCGAGAAAUUAAUGAAACUGGAAGUGAAACUUUACUUCAAGGUGAUGAUUUGAUUCAUAACAAACGUGACAGCAACUUUAGUCAACUUGCGAAACAACUCACAAAGCUCAUUUCACGAUGGAAUGAUGUGACAUCGAAAGUUUAUGCGAGAACAGCAGAACUUGAACAUUUAUCAGCUCAAUAUGGAGAGUUAAAGACAUUGCUUGUCUCUGAAGCUGGUUAUCUUGACAAACUUGAUAAAUUGUUGAGAAAAAGUCCAGAAAAUGCUGCCGAUGCUGAAGAAAUUUCUGAAGAACUUGAUGACAUUGAAAACUAUUUACGAAAUAAUUCAUCAGAUUCUCGCAUCGAUAAAAUUCAGGAAGUUGGGAAAGAUCUCGUCGACCUUGGAUUCCUUAAAGAUGAAAUCUCCAAUGAGAUCGCAUCUGUGCUUGACCGUCGCGAUUAUUUACAUCAUCAGGCUGAAACGCGAAUUCAAAUUCUUGAGAAAGCUGUUUCUGAAGCUCAAUUAAGCGAGAGUCAGGUGUCGGAUUUACAACAAUGGAUCUUUCGUGUCGAUGAUUUAUUAAAUGAUUUUAUCGAACAUGACACUACUUUCGAAUGUCUUCCUCAUGACUUUCAGCGUUUGACGGAAGAAUUCGAGGAGAAUGGAAGAGUAAUGGAGGAGAUGAAGCAACAAGUUGAAACUUAUAAACUUCAUGGAAAAAUUGAAGCUGCAAAUCGUUAUCAGGAUCAAAUUAAUUUACUUCAAGAUCGCUUUGUUCAUUGUCAAGAGAAGUUGGAAAAGUUUACUUCACCACAAGCAAUUUUCGAGAAUCGUUUGAGUCGCGCAAUUGCUGAUUUGAGAAAUGUGGAAAGAAGUUGUUGCAUUCUUGAUGUUGCAUCUGCUGGUUCACAGAAUGUUCAUGAUCAAUAUCAACAUUGCUUGAAGUUUUACCGAAAAUUAUCGGAGGUGAAGCCAGAAAUCGAAAAUAUUAUCAAAUCUGGUCGACAAUUAUGUAACGAAACUUUUACGAAAGAUUCGAAGAAACUUAAUACACGAAUUGAUACUUUGAAGCAUCUUUACAAUGCUCUUGGCGACACUGUUACAACAGCCAAGAAUGGACUUGAAAGAAUCAUUCGACUGCUGACGCAGUUUAAUCAAUCAAUCGAAAUCGUUGUAAAGUGGGUUGGAAAGCAGAAACACGAUCGAAUGGAAAACAAUAACAUUGAAAUCAAUCUGUCCGCGAUAAAUGAAGUUGAAGCGGAACUAAGAAAAUGUCAUCAAGUGUUUGAUGAAUAUAAAGGAAUUGUCGAUAGUGGACAUCUUGAAGAUAUUGGCGAUCGACUAAACUUAGUUGAUCGAGAAUUCAACGAGUUUUUAAAUCUUGGAGAUGAUAAGAAAAUUUUGAAUGAAAUGCUUGAAACACUUCAAAACAUUGAUCAAGUUCCAAUAGAAAAAUUAAGAUCAAUCGAGGAAAAUCUUGGAAAAAUUAAACCAAAAUCCGAAGAAAUUGAAAAGCUUCACUCUCAAGUGCAGAAAAUUGUUAUCGAUGCAAUCGAAUUCCAUACUAAAAUGGAACUGAAGGUCGAUGAUGACAUGGAAAUUGUCAUUUUAAGUGACACUGUACGUCAAAGACGAUCGCGAACGCCAAUAUCGGCGAUAUCAAACGACAGUAAUCGUGAAUCAAUUGCAGUUGUGAUACCAAAUUUAUCAUCGAAAAAGUUUCAAUCUUCUGAAAUAUUUCCGAAUAUUUCCGGUUUCUCUGAUGAUGAAAUUCCAUAUCGAGAAGCGAGUACGCGCGAUGAAGUUCCGUCAAUGGUUGAGAUAAGGGAAAGCAAUGUAUCUAUGAAGAUGACAACUGAAAGCAUAGACUUGGAUGGUGCAAAGGUUGAUACAAUUAAUAUUUACGAGAGCUGUGGUCCAUUGGAGCUUGAACAGGCUGAAACUGUACUGAUUAUUGAUGCUUCGUCUGACACAGACACCGCAACGUCAACACCACUUUUGAGAAGAAAAUCUCUAAAAUCUCUUAAUUCAGCGACUGGUGGAUCAAUGGAUGAACUCAAAACAGAACUUAAAUAUGAGUUGGAUGUCGUUGCAAACUUCGAUUCACUAUCUGAGACUUUAAGUGUGAAAAAUCAAAGAAUUUCAUAUGAAGAACAUAAUCCGAUAAGUUCCACUAAAGAUCGCGACAUUCUUCUUGACUCAGAAAUAUCCGAAGAGAAAGCAUUGAAAAUGUUGAAGCUACGUCCAACAUUAAAAGAACUUUUGACAGAAGAAAGAAACAGUUUUGCUGAUCAGGAUGAUGAAUAUGACGAGCCAUUAGAAUUCUCUGAUGAUGAAGAAAUUCCAAGAUACUCAGUUGAAAUGGAUUCCGAUAGUGAUUUGUCACGCAUUGAAACGCCCAACAAUCAUAAACUUGAGUUUAAAGAUAAAGAAGCUUCAUUCUCGGCCGACGAUUCAUUUUCAUCGCCUUUGUUGACAUCAUCACCGUUUACUUAUAAAUCAGUGACACCUUUAGAUCAACGAGUUGAACAAUUUGAGAAAACUUCUAAAUACAUGAUAAAGAAACUCGACCAAACAUUGCAACAGAUUAAAUCAUGUGAAGGUGGUGCGAGUAGUGUUGAACAUAUGAAGUUGUCGAUUGCACCUGAUGCUGCACUUAUUUUAUCGCAGGGUGACACUUUAAUCCUAGAAACUCAUGGAAAAGAUUUAAAUUUAACACAACGCCUUUUGAAUGUUCAAAAAGAACUACGAGACAAGUACAAAGAUGUACAAAAUUCAAACACCACAAACAACAUCAAUUUAUUAGAGAAAAAUCACAAUGUUGACCCUGAAAAUCAAUAUUCACCGAAAGAAAAAGUAUUUGCGGAUAAGAAAUUUCCACUCGACCUGCUUCGAUCAUCAUCAGCAUCUCCGAUAAAGCUUGAUGAUCUCGUGACGAAAGUUCUCAAGAGAGUCAAAGAUUUGAUCUCCAAACCCGCUGAUCUCUCGUCGGAAGAUGAUUUGACGAAGAGAAUCUUGGAUAUUGGAGAAAAACAAGAGGAUUUAAAAUUCGCCAUUGAAUUUGCAUCACAAUCGCCUGUCGAUCAGACAACGCCAGAGACGAUGGAGUUUUUGGAAAAGGCCAAAAAAGAUCUCUCAUCGCAUUGCGAUCAAAUUGUGAUGUCUUUGGCAACACUUAACAAGCAACGUACAUUGGAACGCCAACAAUCACAGUCAAUCAAAACAACUGUCACAAUUUCAAAAGUGUCAAAAACACCCAUAGGCAACACCACACCAAUUUUAAGUCAAUUGAAGAAAGUUCCAUCAGACACUGGUUCAGAUAACAGUGCUCCAUCAAUGACGUCAAGUGAAUCACCAAAAACAGUUCGUGAAGUAUCGAAAUCUUCUGACGAAAUUCCAUUUGCCGAUGACAACAUCGCUAAAAAGAAAGAAAAAAUGAAGGAACGAUUUAUGACUGAAGGAGCUGAAGCAGAACGUCGUGAGCUUACAUCGAAUUACGUGCCAGGUUCAUUCACGGCGAAACAAAAAAGUCAACCGAGUGUCAUUCAGGCAAGAGACGCUGCCAGUUUUGAAAACUCGAUUGUGCAGAUUUCAGACUGGUUAAACCUCGAAAUGCGGAAACAGAUCCUUACAGUAGGCGAUACUAAUGCGAUUGUAAUUGCCAUCGAUAAGCAAAAGACGGUAUUACGUGAGCUGGAAUUUAAGAAGCCGCAACUUGAUAAACUGGUAAAGAGUGCAGAGAGUUUAAAAACGGACGCUACAAAGAACCAACUGGAUAGUAAAGGUGAGGUUCAUUUUUCAAUUGAUUUACUUGAAUGGAUAAAUCUUGGGGCUUAG